AUGAAGUUUAUCUAUUUCGGAAUCCUCCUCGCUGCAACCACCGCAUAUGCCUGUGGAGACAACGCCUACAGGUGCAAGAACCCCGACAAAUCAGUAAGUGAAGAGUGGGAUGCCACCCACAAGAUUUGUAACAAUCUCAAGGAGGACGAUUGUUAUUGUUCUCACUGGGCCGAAUACUACUGCGAUCCCUAUGGCGAUAACAUUCAGAAGUUCAAGGAUCAAUGCGAGGAUCAAGGUGAAAACUGGUACUGGAAUGAAUGUUAA